GGCACGGUGUUACCCAAAUCCAACCUCCGAUCAUCACACGCCGCCAAGAUUUCGACCCACUAAAAUUUGCUUGCACAUCGCGACAGGAAAACACACUAGUGUUCUGCUUCCCUUUUCUCCCCCUCUCACACCCCACUCGACAAUGAACGCAGAAGCAUACCUCCGCGCCCAGGGCUGGAGAGGGUCUGGCCAUUCUCUCGACAACCAUGACCGCGGGAUCAAGAAACCGCUUCUGAUCGCGCACAAGCAAGAUCAGCUGGGACUCGGGAAGAGGAAGGCGGCAUACACAACGGACGAUCAGUGGUGGAUGCGCGCGUUCGACGAGAGUUUAAAAAACAUUGGUACUGGACAAGAGAGCACGCUCAGCCAGAUUCGUGAGAAGGGCAUCAACCGCGGAGGACUAUACGGGUUUUUCGUCAAGGGCGAGGCGAUCGCGGGGACGAUUGGGAGUGAUGGAUCGACAAUUAGCUCUAGAGUGAGCACACCUGCUACACCAAUGUCGGGGAACGAGAUUACGGCGGCGGCGACGAGUACGAAAAAGACCAAACGCAAGCGCGAAGCAAAUGGCGACUCUGAUGCGGCGAAGAAGGCGAAGAAAGUACAGAAGAAGAUUGCCAAGUUGGGAGCUGGGGAGAAGGCUCAGCUUGAGAAACGCGCGUCUGAGAAGAACCAGACGCUGGAGGAGUAUGUUAUGCGCCGGAUCCAGAAGAAAGACAAGAAGCGCACGACAAGAAAAUAGUAAUGCGAGAUUUCACAAGUGGCAAAAACUAUAAAACC